UCCCGCCCUCCGGCUCCGCGUCCUGGCUCUCUAACGGUAGCCAUGACCGGGCGCGGGACUCCGAGCCGCUUUCUGACUAGCGUCCUCCAUAAUGGGCUAGGUCGCUACGUGCAGCAGCUGCAGCGCCUCAGCCUCAGCCUCAGCCGGGAUGCGCCCUCGUCCCGCGGCGCCAGGGAGUUCGUGGAACGCGAGGUGACUGACUUCGCCCGACGGAACCCAGGAGUCGUAGUAUAUGUGAACCCGCGCCCGUGCGCCAUGCCACGAAUAGUGGCCGAAUACCUUAAUGGGGCUGUGCGCGAGGAAAACGUCAACAGCAAGUCGGUGGAGGAGAUCAAGUCGUUGGUGCAGAAGCUGGCAGACCAGUCUGGCUUGGAUGUGAUCCGCAUCCGCAAGCCCUUCCACACGGACAACCCGAGCAUCCAGGGCCAGUGGCACCCCUUCACCAACAAACGGACUGCCCUCCACGGGCUGCGGCCCAGAGAACUCCGGGAUUCUGCUGCAGCUUCGAUGCAAGCACAGUAAAGAACCAGGCGCUUUGGACCGUGAGAGGGAUAGGAUUGGUUCCUCUUUCGGAUUUCAAGCUCAGGCCAAGUAGGUGGGUGGAUCCUACCAGCCGGGGCGUGGCCUGAGAUAAAGAAGAACCUUUUCCUUUGCCCACUUGUAGCUAGGUGCAUUGACCUUGUGAAUACCCUAAUUCUGAUUCAGUCGGCCUCCUUGCAAGCUGAGAUGUGAGAAGUGUACAACACUUGUCGUACAAGGACCUUGCUUUCUGAAAUACGAAUAAUAAUGAUUUCAAAACACGUGAAA